CUUUGGUGUGGGCAGCAACAUGUACUUUAGUUGUCAUAAUUUGGGUAAACAUUGGUACUUCGUUUUAAACAGCGAUGAUAGUCCUAUUGCUCGCGGUCGAAUUUCUGCUUCUCAACAAGGCCGAGCCCUACAUGCCCCAUUCUACAAACUUGUGCUCAAUCAAAUACAUGGACGGAUGGGAGUUCUUUAUGCAGAACAUGACAUACGUCAUGUUGAAAAGGACCUACAGCGUUCCAGGUGGCAUCAACGACUCUAUGUGUGUCAUGGCUCCAUAUCAUCCAAGAAUAAACCUCACAAGACAUGUUAUGAACAAGACUUUCACAUACCGAAACAUGAGUUCCACGUAUAAACUCUUCCCCAAUGUUUCUUUCUGGCCCAUAGGGAAACUUCAUCUUGAGUUUCGAAGUGAAACACCUUAUAUCUCAGGAGUUAAGCCGAGAGGACGUAAGGACUACAAUUACGUGGGCUCUUCAAUUUUGAUGUCUUGGUUUGGGUACUCGCUUCCUGCACCACAAUGGCAUUUUAUUUACUGUGACCAGUAUUGCGCUGUUGUACGAGUGCUUUCUGAGACACAUGAUGGUCGCGGUGCACGUGGUGGCCGCUGGAAUCGGUGUGAGCAAUGGAUUAGAUUUGACAAGAAAAUGAGGGGAAACAAAGCAGAUAAAUUCACAGAUACGAGCAACUGUGACAGUCACUUCGAGGCAGUAUGCGACACAACAUCCACAGAACAGGUUUACAAUGAGCAAUAUUGUGCUUCGACAUUAUGAAGUUGUUUCUAGUAAAGACUACUAAAAUUCCU